AUGGCCACAGUAAUCGAAGCCAUCAGAAUUUCAAAUAACCUAAUGGAUAUGGACCAACUAAAUAAAAGACCCACCUUCUCAAGAACGAUACACAACACAAACAAUAACCUCACAAGAAUCUUGGAAAGGAGACUAGACAGAAUAUACCUUAACAAUAGCAUAAUCAACUACAGCCAAUUAUACUUAAGGAACCUAAUCCCCCCAAAAAUUAAUGACAUACCUCUAUCAGAUCACAACUUCCUAUCAACCACCUUCACUCUACCCAACAUACAGAUGAACAAGCGCAGAUGGAGAUUAAAAAAAUCCUCAAUCCUCUCAAGCAUAAUGCUUAAGAAAAUAGACUUCCUACUUAACGAUUAUUCAAGGGAGCUGUCAUCCAACCAUAACUCUAUUUCCUUCUCUCAACUCAACAGCUUACUAAACAAAAUAAAACAACUAUACACAGAAUUUCAAAAACAAAAUGACUACAACAAUAAGGCAAACAUCAAAAAUCUAAUCUCCCUACUAGAGACAGAAUUUAAAGACCAAGCCUUCGCAACCCUUUCAGCAAUAAAUGAAUCUAAAAAAAGAGAAGAACAACUUAAACAAGAAUUGAACAACUAUUGCGAAGAAACCUCACUCAAGUACAUCUCCGCGAGAAUCAAGAAAAGACACAAUGAUUUCACCAUCAACGCAGUAAAAGAUGCACAAGGUAGAACAAUCAACAAACAGGAAUUGAUCGAAGAAGAAUACGUAAAAUAUUACUCAAAUCUUUAUGACUACAAAGAAGAUGACCCACCAUCUCAUUAUGAAAUGUUGGAAAAUUGGACAGUGACCAGGGACUCAACAUGGGACAACCUUGAAAAUGAAUUCACAUCACAAGAGAUCCUAGAAGUAAUAAAACAAUUGAACCCACACAAAUCUCCAGGCCCAGAUGGAAUUCCAAACUUAUUCUACAUAACACACAAAGAAAAACUAGCUCCAAUACUGGCCUCAGCAUUCAACGACACUCUAAGAAAUCCUCAUCUAAUUAGCAAAAAUUACAAAGAAGGCCUCAUUAUCACGAUACCUAAAAAGGGAGACCCCGAACUAAUCAAAAACAGAAGACCAAUUACACUGGCUAACUGUAUAUAUAAAAUCCACUCAAAACUAAUAAACAAUAGAAUAAUCCCAAUACUAACGAAAGUGAUCAACCACAAUCAAAAAGGUUUCGUACCAGGCAGAUUCAUUCUAGAUAAUAUCAUAUCAAUGAACGAAUUAAUCAACUAUUGUAAUGAUAAAAGAAUUAACGGAAUAAUUACACUAUAUGAUUUCGAAAAAGCUUUUGACUCGAUCUCACACGGUUCAAUACUCAGAUCACUACAACACAUCAACAUUCCAACCAAUAUAAUCAACCUGAUAAUGAAUCUACUCACCAAAUCUGAAGCAAGAAUUGAAAUUAAUGGUAGAACUACUAUACCCUUUGAGAUCAAAAGAGGAGUUAAACAAGGAGAUCCACUAUCACCCACCCUGUUCGUCCUUGUAAUAGAGGCUUUAGCUAGAAAAAUUUUACAAGAUGACCGAAUUACUGGCCUUCCUCUAAACAACAGCAACCACAGAGAGAAAUUCCAAAGCUUUGCAGACGACUCGGCUUCAAUGGUCCCAGACUUUCAACAACUUGAAUUAGUACUACAACACUUCAAUUCAUUUUGCAAAGCCACUUCCUCAAAACUAAACAUCGACAAAUCUUCAUCAAUUCUUAUAGGCAACCCAGACAAUACCAACCAAAGAAUUCCAAUAUCUACAAAUCCAGAAAGAUACUUGGGAUACUUCUUCACAGGCAAAGGGAUAACAAGAAAAAUGCCAGAAAUAUUAAACACAAUAAGAUCAUCCUUAGUACUAUGGAAAACCACUGACUCAACAAUCAAAACCAAAACCAACAUCCUCAAAGCAUUCGCACUCUCUAAAUUAACCUACUAUUCAUAUGUAGAGAACUUUAAGGAAGAGGAAUUAAACCAAAUCAAUAAAUUAGUCGAAUGGUUUUUAUCGGCACCAAACAACAAAAAUGCUAGUGGAUUUCAAACAACUGGCGCAGAAACUUUGGAUCAUAAACCAAUUCAUCCUAGCACUAGAAACCAAACAAACAAACUCAUCUCAUCACAAAAGCUGGGAAUAUCAAAUCCAAAAAACAAAUUCACAUCCAGAUACCUAAAAGAGAACUUAGACGAAUGGAACAAAAUAAGAAUCAAAAAAGCAAUCUUCAACAAUAAUCUCACAUCCAUAAAAAACGAAAAUGGACAACCACUUUCACUGGCAGAAUGGUAUACCACAAUUCAAGACCAAAAUCCAACCAUCCCUAAAACGGAAUUCCAAUCAUCUCUAAACUUAAGAGGCUACAGCUAUAAUCAACUCUUCAACAACAUACUGAAGAUAAAAGACCCUAAAACAAGAGACACAAUGUUUAGAUUCCAUGCCAGAUGCCUUCCAAUAAACUACCUUCACAACAAACAAUGCCCACUCUGCAAAGAAGAUAUGAGCAAAGACCCAUACGGUCACCUGUUCUUCUCAUGCAAGAAAACAAAACAAUUCAUAAAAAUAAAUAAACUCAAAAAUUUCAUCUAUAUUACCACAGGAAAAGGUAAAAACUGGCAUCAUACAAGAAUUAGGCAAAAUAACAAUUUCAUUAAUAGAAUAACUCCAAAAUUAUCACCGACAGCCAAAAAAGAUCAAGAAGUGAAUGCAGAUUACGCCAACCACAGAUUCCACAAAGAAUACUUUGAAUGGAACUAUAAAGCAAUAGACUAUGAUCUAACCAGAUCAUUCGCAUAUAGAAACCUAAUGGCCCUUAUCCUCCACAACAUUUGGAUUUGGAUUUGCAAUCAAAUAUACAGUGAAGAUCCUUUAACAAAUGAAUCAUUAUCAUACAGCUCCCUUCUAAAGAAAUGGCACAAAUUGGCCACUCUAGAAUACAUCAAAAAAGCAAAAGAUCUGAAAAACUUAUCAGCAAAAGACCAUAAUAAUUUCAAAGAUCCUAAGAUCCUUCUCACCUCAACGAUCAAGCUAAGAAAAACAACAGCUAAUUACUAUUGUAUUCCAGAAUCAUCUCUCCCAAAUAUUAUAUCUUUUGAUCAAUUCAUAUGA